GGUGUGGCUGGAGGUCGCUGUGGGGAGGCGGGCGCGGGGCCGGAGCUGCUCUGGGACCCUCCGGGAUUCCCCGGGAUCCUCUGGGAUCCUCCAGCCCUGGGCCCUCCCGCCCUGAACCGCGUUAAACCUCCGCGGACAGCGGGCAGGGCCCCGCUGGGAGCGGUCCUUGCGUAACCCACCCGUCCUGGCCGGCGUUAUGUAAGCAGCCCCGUGGGGCGAGGAACCGGCGCCGCGCCCGCCGCCACCGCAGCCCGUGGGGAAGGAGCACAUUCCUGCCUGUGGAGACAAAUGCUCAGCAGUGGGAGAGCUGGGAUCAGUGACUGUGUGACCUCCUCCUUUUGGGGUGAUGGGUUGUAAAGACCCUGGACAGCAUCAGCUGUGCAGCCCUCAAAGGGUUUGUUAUCCUGGAGCCCAAGGGUUCCCUUCCUCCUGUAGGCAGCAUGCUGCAUCGCACCAUUCACCUUUUCCGGAAGGAGCUGCGGCUCCACGACAACCCAGUGCUGCUGGCUGCCCUGGAGUCCUCAGAGGCCCUGUACCCCGUGUUCAUCCUGGACAGAGCAUUCCUGACCUCCUCCAUGCACAUUGGGGCCCUGCGCUGGCACUUCCUGCUCCAGUCCCUCGAGGAUCUCCACAAAAGCUUGGGCCAGCUGGGCUCCUGCUUGCUGGUUAUCCAAGGGGAGUAUGAGGCUGUUCUUAGGGAUCACAUCCAGAAGUGGAACAUCACGCAGGUGACGCUGGAUGCAGCGAUGGAGCCGUUUUACAAGGAGAUGGAGGCCAACAUCCGGCGCCUGGGGGCAGAGUUGGGCUUCGAGGUGCUUUCCCUGGUGGGCCACAGCCUGUACAAUACCCAGCGGAUUUUGGACAUAAAUGGUGGGAGUCCCCCAUUAACUUACAAGAGGUUCCUUCACAUUCUGUCUCUGCUUGGUGACCCUGAGGUGCCUGUCCGAAACCUCACAGCUGAAGACUUCCAGAGAUGUAGGGCCCCUGACCCAAGCCUGGCUGAGUGUUACAGAGUGCCUCUCCCUGUGGAUUUGAAGAUUUCCCCAGAGAGCCUUUCCCCUUGGAGAGGAGGGGAGACUGAGGGGCUGCAGCGCCUGGAGCAACACUUGAGUGACCAGGGCUGGGUGACAAGUUUUGCUAAACCAAGGACAAUCCCAAACUCGCUGCUUCCAAGCACCACAGGCCUGAGCCCAUAUUUCAGUACAGGCUGUCUGUCAGUUCGGAUGUUUUUUUAUCGGUUGUCAAACAUUUAUGCUCAGGCAAAGCACCACUCUCUGCCCCCAGUGUCACUCCAAGGGCAGCUGUUGUGGAGGGAAUUUUUCUAUACAGUAGCAUCAGCAACCCCCAACUUCACCCAGAUGUCUGGAAACCCCAUCUGCCUCCAGAUCUGCUGGUACAAGGACGCAGAGAGGCUCGACAAAUGGAAAACGGCACAGACAGGAUUCCCAUGGAUCGAUGCCAUCAUGACCCAGCUGCGCCAGGAGGGCUGGAUCCAUCACCUGGCUCGGCACGCUGUCGCCUGCUUCCUGACACGGGGGGACCUCUGGAUCAGCUGGGAAGAGGGAAUGAAGGUGUUUGAAGAGCUGCUUUUAGAUGCUGACUACAGCAUCAAUGCUGGGAACUGGAUGUGGCUGUCAGCCAGCGCCUUCUUCCACCAGUACACACGGAUCUUCUGCCCUGUCCGCUUUGGGAAGCGCACAGACCCCCAGGGUGACUACAUCAGGAAAUACUUGCCUAUACUAAAGAACUUUCCCUCCAAGUACAUCUACGAGCCCUGGACUGCAUCUGAAGAAGAGCAGAAGCAAGCAGGAUGUAUCAUAGGUCAGGACUACCCCUUCCCCAUGGUGAACCACAAGGAAGCCAGUGAGCACAACCUGCAGCUGAUGAAACAGGUCAGAGAGGAGCAGCACAGAACAGCCCAGCUCACGAGAGAUGAUGCAGAUGACCCCAUGGAAAUAAAGGUAAAACGUGACCGUUCUGAAGAAAACAUUUCAAAAGGAAAAGUGGCCAGAAUGACAGAAUAAACCAAAAUUCCCUCAAGGGUCACCUGCUGGGUACCAAGAAAAGUCAAGAGGGGAGAGCCAGGGGUCAGCUGAGCUGGCCAAAGCACUGUCCUCCACACUUGGCCCUGCUAAUGGUGCCUCUUGUUUGUUACCUGACCUUAGGAGACCUGUUGGAUCUUGAGUGGUUUUACUGCAGUUUUGGAUGGAAUUGUUUAUUUCUGGAAUUGUUGAAGCUGUUGGCUGAAUGCAAGAUGUGUUUCAUGCACCUGUAUAAAUAGAUUUUGUGUCUCAAUGUCAUAAGACUGUGUGUACAUUAAUGUGGUUGCACAUUAAUGUUAGGAGCCUUGAUUUGCUUGCCUUAUAGAGAUGGACACUUAGGGAUGUUCAGAUUAUUUCAGUUCCCAGUUUGGGGAGGCAGAGCAGAGUGCAGCCCCUUGUACCUUGUGUAGUUUUAAAGUCAUAAGUAGGAAUUAUUAUGCAUUUUAAGGACAACAUUGAAAAUAUCUCACCAAAUUAGGCCUAAUACACAACUUUAUCACCAUAAUUGUCUUCCUUGGCUGACUAGAACUGCAGGGUAGAGAUCAAUUCUAUCAUGUACCACGUGGAAAAAAUUUCCCCUCCCAUGGAAAUGUAUUGUUGUGAGGUUUGACAAGGCUGGAUUAGUCAAUUGUGGUUGUUGGUGGGGAGUGCAGUGGGGUUUUCAUGGCUGCAGGUAGCAUUUUGGGUUUGGAAAGAGAUAAAGCUUAUUUCUUACAUGAACAAUACAAGGGCUCUGGAUCAAUCUGUUAUCACAAUUGAUAUCCAUCGGUCCUCUCAGGAAACCUGCCUGUCCUCCCACCAACACUGUCCUGUUUGGGAUGGAUGUUUAUGGGAGAAAUAGCUACGUUUUACACUGAUUCAGUUUUCCUGGGUAACCAAACUGUAUUCUCUCAGGCUUCUGCUGAUGGGGGAAGUUCUGAGUAUUAAUCUUUGAUAUAAGUUUAAUAUAGUCUUUUAAUAAAAUGUUCUGAGUUUUUGUAUCUAAAAAAUGUGUCUGAGAUAAAUAGAAAUCCUUUCCCACAUCUAAACUUCAAGACCACAGAAAUCUGUAUCCUAAUGUUUUUCAUUACAUUACAUGGUUAAGUGAGAUACCACUUUAAAAAAUGAGAUUUUGAAUUCCAAGUAAUUUACUCCUUAUUUUAUUUAGUUCAUUAACAGGAACACUAAUUACCCUGCUCUAUGCAGUAAACACUGGUGAGAGGCAGUGGAGCCAAGGCAUGGGACUUUUGUCCACAAUAAAUUUUUUUCAUGGUUCAAA